GUUUCUUCCAAUAUACGGAGUAUGACUCCGUCACGCUCUCCCUCUCUUUUCCGAAAUCCUUCAACGCACAACUAGCCUAUAAUCAUUCUUCCGUCACAUAAACCGCGAACAGAAUUUUCCGUUUCGUCAGUUGCCGCUGUCUCCAUUUCCACACUUCCAUCCACCCACUUCCUCUUCCGCCCAGAUUUAUUUGUUUCAAAAUUCCGAGCACAAAACCCUAACCCUACCCCUUCACCGCUCUCACUUCCUUCUUUCUCAGAUCUGACACAAUAUGGAGUAAUUAUUUACAUGCAUCCGUACAUGUUUAUGAUGCGAAUCUGGUUCAAUAAUCAGAUCUAUGGGAGACGCUUUUGAAUUUCUCAUGAGAUUCGCGGAGUUAUGUAUUGGGGGAAGGCAUGAUUGAUGGACAAUUGAUGUGUGGUAUGGGAUUUUGAACAGGCAAACCGCUGUGGCGGUUUUGGAGAAACUCAGGGAUUGUAUCCGUUAGUUGAGCUCGUGUUUAGAUUCUUGCAUGUCUUGGCGUGGCCUUCAUUACAGUUUCUGGAUAGUUUGAGUUAUCAAAAGUUUACCUCUCAAUGGGGGAAGCUGAAGGUGAAGUUUGUGUGGCAGAGUUAAGUGAAAGAAUGAUGGAAAUUGAGAAGCCAACGAUGGCUGUUUUGGAACGUGAAAGUAAGAAUGUGGUAGGUGAAACUGAAAGAGAGCUGUACAGUAAUAAGAAUGAGGAGGAAGUUAUUGCUUGCACCGACAUUGAGUGCUUCACUAACAACCAAACACGUGAAAGCCUGGAAAACAUUGGAAACACUGAGUCCCUUUCUGAGAGGAAGGAAACUGAUGGUCCAAACAGCCCUGGUUUAGAACACCCUGCUACAGAUGAAGUGAAGGAAGUUUCAAAUGAUGAUAUGUUAUCAGAAGUCUCAAAUCCAAAUUUGUCGCCUAGGGAUCAUACUUCGAGCUUCCAAACAUUUAGUAGUCAACUGGUUGAGUGCCCAGUUAAUACUCAAGUUGUUUCUGCUGAAAUAACAUCUUCAUGUUCUGGUGCAGAAGAGAGUUUAGGUAUUGAAGACCCUACAAGCAAUGAGGCUUUUGGGCCGAUUACCACAUCAUGCGUUGUACUUGAAAUUCCAAAGGAAUUUUGCAGCACUGGUGUCAGAAAGAUAAAACUCAAGUUCAGCAAAUAUGAGGAGGAUAAAAGUCUACUCUCUAAUCAAGCUGCCUCACCUCUUACUAAGGAGGACAGUGGUGAAUUAAAUAAUGUUCAGGCUUGGAAUCCUGUAGAACCUAGUGGUAUGGAUGUUGAAUUGAAUUCAAGCACAACUAGAGAAUUACAUCAAACAGGGAACACUUGCCUACACUUUCCUAACAUGGAACUGAACAUGUCUAAGGAGGUUGUUUCUGAUAUCUACCCUAUGAAUGUCAAGAAGCUCUUAUCAACAAAGAUAUUAGAUGGGGCACGCGUGAAAUAUAUUUCAACAUCUGGCCAGAAACAGCUUCCAGGAAUUGUAAAGGAUUGUGGGUAUUUAUGUGGCUGCUCGUGCUGCAAUCUGUCCAAGGUGUUGACUGCGUAUGAAUUUGAGCUGCAUGCUGGCGGAAAGACUAGACACCCAAAUAAUCAUAUAUAUUUGGAGAACGGGAAGCCUAUUUACAGCAUAAUUCAAGAACUAAAGAUUACACCAUUCAAUCGUAUUGAUCAAAUGUUGAAAGAUGUGGCUGGUUCAUCAGUUAAUGAGCAAAAUUUGCAGAUGUGGAAAGCAACACUUGUGCAGAUCCGUGAUGCUGCUGGGCCAGCUGGGGUGAACUAUUCUUAUCAUGAGAAACCUUCAGGCAUCUUUCACUCUACAGCAAGUCAGUUGACAAAAGAUUGGACACCUGCUCGGAAUUCCUCCUAUAUUGACAAGGCCUUCUUGAGCCAACAUAGUAUUAGGGAUAUGGCAGAGGAGCAGGAACGGGUGUACAAAAAGUCAAGAUCAUUCACUGGUUCAGUUAAGAAGCAGAAAAAGACAUCUGGAGGCGGUACAAAGAAGAGGGAUAAUGACCUGCACCGAUUGUUAUUCAUGCCUAAUGGACUUCCUGAUGGUACAGAUUUGGCUUAUUAUUCGAAGGGGAAGAAAAUCCUUGGAGGCUAUAAGCGUGGAAAUGGUAUACUCUGUAGUUGUUGCCAUACAGAGAUAAGUCCUUCCCAAUUUGAAGCUCAUGCCGGAUGGUCAGCUAAACGUCAGCCUUACCGUCACAUCUACACCUCCAAUGGAUUGACGUUGCAUGACAUUGCCUUGAUGCUAGCUAGUGGUCAAAGUAUUGCUGCCAACAGCAGUGAUGAUAUGUGUGCCUUAUGCGGUAUUGGAGGAGAAUUAGUUCUAUGUGAUGCAUGCCCUCAGGCUUUUCACGCAGCCUGUUUAGGUUUAGACUGUGCUCCACCCACGAAUUGGGUUUGUACACACUGUCAAGACAAAUCUGGUACAGGAAACAAUGGAAGAAAUGCAUCGGGAGAAUCUAGGCCCAUUAUUAUUCGGCUCACCAGGGUGGUCCGAGCACCUUCAUAUGAAAGUGGUGGCUGUGUUGUGUGCAGGGUCCCAGAUUUCAGUCCUGAAACAUUUGAUGACCGAACAGUGAUGCUAUGUGAUCAAUGUGAGAAGGAAUACCAUGUUGGUUGUUUGCGGAAAAUUGGGCUUUGUGAUCUUAAGGAAUUACCAACAGAUAAAUGGUUUUGCUGUAAUGAAUGCAAUACGAUUUAUUUAGCCCUACAGAGUCGUGUUGCAAAAGGAUCUGAGGUAAUUCAACCUUCAGUAUCAGCUGCAUUAACUAAGAAGCAUUUAGAGAAAGGUUUAUCUGAUGGAGAUUCAAAUGAUAUCCAAUGGAGAAUUUUGAGUGGGAAAAGUCGCUAUGCAGAGCAUCUACCACUAUUAUCCAAGGUUGCUGCAAUUUUCAGGGAAUGCUUUGAUCCAAUUGUAGCUAAAACUGGACGGGAUCUCAUACCUGUAAUGGUGUAUGGGAGGAACAUAUCUGGUCAAGAGUUCGGUGGUAUGUAUUGUGUUGUUCUCAUGAUCAAAUCAGUUGUAGUAUCAGCUGGUCUUCUUAGGGUUUUUGGGAAAGAGGUUGCUGAGCUUCCUUUGGUGGCUACAACUAGGGAAUAUCAGGGAAAAGGCUAUUUUCAGGCCUUGUUUGCAUCUAUUGAGAUGCUACUACAUUCCAUGCACGUUAAGAAUUUAGUUUUACCUGCUGCUGAGGAAGCAGAAUCCAUCUGGACAAAGAAGCUAGGGUUUAGAAAGAUGACCGAUGAACGGUAUCUGCAGUACUCGAGAGACAUCCAGUUGACCAUAUUCAAGGGGACAUCGAUGUUAGAGAAAGAAGUGCAGCAAGCAUCUGAUGUUUUGUGACCCAUUCAUCAUUGUGGGGGAGAGGAGAAGGUAAGGUAAUCUUAAUCAGGCCUGUGCACUUCAUGUUGGUGGAGACCUCUUGCCAGUUAGAACUGCACGGGAUAAAAAUCUGAAGUUGAGACGCAUAGUGAGUGCAUCUCCUCAAGACAUUGAGAGGCACUUUGGCUGAUAAUACAAAUCAAGAUUGAGUCUUGACUUGAGAUGAUCCGUAAAUGACGACCCUCGGAUAGGGCACACUACAGAUCUUUUUUUUAUAUAAUCAGGAUUACGAAGGGUUACAGUGUCAUACUAAUCAAAUAAGGCCAUCUUUUUUAUUUUCUGAUGUACCAAAAAAAACAAGUCAGUUUUCCUCUUACCACAAGUGCUUAGCUUGGGCAUUGUAUAAAAAAAGCCUGAUGACACUUUACUACACGUACCUUGCCUUUUUGUUUUGGGUUUUAGUGGAUUUUUUUUAUUCAUCCCUCGUGUACAUGUUCCCUGCGAAUUCAGUAAUGAAAUUUUGCUUCUUGUAAUUCAGCAGUUCAACUCUUAGGACUUGUUUUAAU